AUGGUCAACAGGCAGCUUCUCAGAGCAGGACCACCCAGUGAGAGGCUUUCACACACAGCCAACCCCUACCCCCAGACCCAGUGGUGGGCUCCCACAGCAAGCAGCUUCUCGGAGCAGGGCCAGCCAGUGAGAGGCUUCAGUGCACAACUAGGCUCCCCUGGCCAGGGUGGCAGGCCGGACACAGGCCCAGACCAGCCAUGCCCCAGCCUGCAGUCUAGUUCCUCCUUAGCAGACCAUCAGUCAACAAGUGGAGGUUUUCAACCGGAUAGACGACCAGCGGCAGCUCUCUGCUGUGACGAUAUCUCCAACCCACAUCGGCGUCGCCUGGUCCGGUUUCUUUUUUAUCUAACCCUUACUUCUCUCCUCCUCUCCAUAGUUGGGUACUUAAUUGCUAUAGAGAUGGGCCAAACCCAUAGUACUCCUUUGACCAUUAUGGUCAGCCAUUUUGAGGAGGUUCAAGCCAGAGCACGUAAUUUGUCAGUUGAAAUCAGUAAAAGAAAACUUAUAACUUUUUGCAAGUCGGACUGGCCCACCUUUCAAGUGGGAUGGCCCCCAGAGGGAACUUUCCACCUUCCAACUAUCCGUAAGGUCAAAAAUAAAAUCUUCCAAUCAGGAAAAAUUGGCCACCCAGCUCAAAUCCCCUACAUUAUAACCUGGGAAGAUUUAGUAGAGAAUAACCCUCCAAUCUGGCUUUCUCCCUUCCUACCGCCACCGCCCUCCCCUACAACUAAGAUGCUUGCCUUAAAGAAGUUGGAUUUGUCAGAGAAACCCACAGCUCCCCACCCUAUUCUCCCGGAGGAAGAUACAGACCCCCUUCUUGUUAAUCCUCCUCCUUAUAUGCAAGCCCCUAUUUCUCCUCAGGGCCCAGGACUGGAGGGGGCAGAACAGAGAGAAGCGGCUGCAACAGGAAAUGAGGAAGAAAAAACUGGCUCGGGAGGGCUGGCAAGACGAACGCGGAGCCGAGCCCAACGAGCAGCCGGCCCCUCCCAACCAGAAACUCCAGACUCCACAAUCGCUCUGCCGCUCCGAGAAACUGGGCCACCGGAUAAUCCUACUUGGGAUGACUGUCAACAGCUACUCCGGAUUCUGUUCACAACCGAGGAACGUGAAAGAAUUCAGAUGGAGGCCAGAAAGUUGGUUCCUGGAGACGAUGGACAACCUACUGUAAACCCUGACUUAAUUAAUGCUUCUUUCCCCUUGUCCAGGCCCCCGCGAGAUGACUGGGACUACAAUACGGCUGAAGGUAGGGAGAGACUCCGGGUUUAUCGCCAGACUCUAAUGGGGGGUCUCCGAGCAGCAGCUCGAGCUCAAUAUUCAGCUUUGACUGACCCUCGAGGAGAGAUAUCAACAAGCACCUCAUGGGUGCAAGGGGCUACAGGGAUUAAAAGGUGCCCUUGGACAACCAAAAGAACUGUAGACUUGGGAACAGGAAAAGUGUCCCACUCGUUCUUAGUCAUACCCGACAGCCCCUAUCCCUUGUUGGGAAGAGACUUAUUAACCAAAAUCGGGGCCCAAAUUCAUUUUCACCCCGAAGGUGCCCAGGUAACUGAUGGAUCCGGGAGAUUGUUACCUAUGCUAACUCUUACUUUGGAGGAUGAAUAUCGGUUGCACCAGCAGCUGCACUCCCCUGAUAAAAACAUUGCAGACUGGGUACAGCGGUUCCCGGAUGCUUGGGCAGAAACUGGAGGAAUCGGGUUAGCUAAACAUCGGCCUGCCCUCUAUAUAGAAAUAAAACCAGGAGCUAACCCCGUUAGGGUUAAACAAUACCCCAUGCCCAGGGAAGCUCGAACAGGAAUAACCCCCCAUAUCCGGCGACUGCUGAGUCAAGGAGUUCUACGCCCUUGCCGAUCGGCAUGGAACACCCCCCUGCUUCCAAUACGGAAGCCCAACUCGAACGAGUACCGCCCAGUUCAGGACCUAAGGGAACUAGCUCCAAAGAGCCAAGAGCUAUUUGCUUUUGAAUGGACAGACAUUGACGGGGGUAUCAAUGGACAGCUUACUUGGACGAGACUGCCGCAGGGAUUCAAAAAUUCUCCCACCCUGUUUGACGAAGCUCUACACGAAGACUUGGGUGAGUUCAGACAAAAACAUCCCAACCUAACCUUGUUACAAUAUGUAGAUGAUCUCCUUAUAGCUGCAGAAAACCGGGAUGAAUGUAUCCAAGGAACAGAAAAUCUACUCCAGACACUGGGCACCUUGGGAUAUCGGGCGUCAGCAAAGAAAGCUCAAAUCUGCAGACCCGAGGUAACAUACUUAGGUUAUCUCCUAAGAGAAGGUAAACGAUGGUUGACCCCAGCCCGCAAAGAAACUGUUUUAAGAAUCCCAAAACCCCAGUCCCCACGCCAAGUAAGGGAAUUCCUCGGGUCAGCUGGCUUCUGUCGACUCUGGAUUCCAGGGUUUGCGGAACUAGCAAAACCACUGUAUGAGGCCACAAAAGACAAGCAGCCUUUCAAUUGGACAACAGAAGCAGAUACAGCAUUCCAACAAAUCAAGGAUGCCCUAUUGUCAGCCCCAGCCCUGGGGCUUCCUGAUGUCGUUAAACCGUUCUCCCUCUAUAUAGAUGAAAGUAAAGGGAUAGCAAAAGGAGUCUUAACUCAAUACCUAGGCCCCUGGAGGAGACCGGUAGCAUACCUGUCAAAGAAACUGGAUCCAGUGGCUGCGGGCUGGCCCCCGUGCCUACGCAUGAUUGCAGCCACAGCCUUAAUGGUAAAAGAUGCUGAUAAAUUAACAAUGGGACAAGAAUUGCAUGUGAUCACUCCACACGCUAUUGAAGGAAUCCUGAGACAACCUCCAGAUCGGUGGCUCAGUAAUGCUCGGCUCACACAUUAUCAGAGCCUGUUGCUUAAUCCUCUCAGAAUUGUUUUUCAGGCACCCUCAGCCCUCAACCCUGCUACACUGCUUCCUGACCCUGACCUGGACUCACCUAUACAUGACUGCUCGGAAAUCCUAGCCCAGGUUCAUGGGCUUAGAGAAGACCUGCAAGAUUAUCCGCUGUUUGAUGCAGAUGCAGUAUGGUUCACAGAUGGGAGCAGCUUUCUACAUCAGGGUCAAAGGUAUGCGGGUGCAGCAGUAGUGACUGAAACAGAGGUAAUUUGGGCUGAGCCCCUACCAAUGGGCACCUCUGCCCAGAAGGCAGAACUGAUAGCCAUGACUAAGGCACUAACGUUGGGAAAAGAUAAAAAAUUGACUGUAUACACGGACAGUCGUUAUGCCUUUGCAACUGCCCAUAUCCAUGGGGCUAUCUACAGGGAAAGGGGAAUGCUGACUGCAGAAGGGAAAUCUAUUAAAAACAAGGAGGAAAUUGUGUCCCUGAUAGACGCCCUCUGGUUACCAAAAAAAUUGGCUAUCGUACACUGCCCUGGGCAUCAAAAACCAUCUGAUCCAGUAUCCAGGGGCAACUGCUUAGCAGACCAGGUGGCACGUAACGUAGCCCUCCAGAGAGACUUGAUCACGGUUGCUCAACUCCCAGACUCUGGCCCACGAACCCUCCCAAAAGACCCAACCUACACGGAAGAGGACUUAUCAUGGAUUCACCAACAACCACUAGCCCAAUGCUUAGAUGGAUGGUGGAAAGACUCUGAAAAUCGGAUAAUACUUCCAGAACUGAUGGGACAAAAAGUGUUGUGCAGGCUCCACCGGACCACCCACAUGGGGACAAGGAAAUUACAGGACUUGGUGCUACAAGCAGGAAUAAGAAUUAAAGGUGUGCAAAAUAAGAUAGAACAAAUUGUCAAAAAUUGCAGAGUUUGUAAGUUAACAAAUGCUGGAUAUAGCAAGUGUGAAUCAGGAAAUAGAUUAAGGGGGGAUAGGCCGGGAGCAUAUUGGGAAGUUGAUUUCACUGAAGUAAAACCUGGAAAGUAUGGGUAUAAAUAUCUAUUAGUUUUUGUAGAUACUUUUUCAGGAUGGGUUGAAGCAUUCCCCACCAAGCGGGAAACGGCACAGACAGUGGCUAAAAAGAUCUUAGAGGACCUCCUGCCAAGGUAUGGAUUUCCUGUGAUGAUAGGGUCUGACAACGGGCCAGCAUUUACUUCACAGGUAAGUCAGGGGCUGGCUUCGGUACUUGGGGCAAAUUGGAAACUGCAUUGUGCUUAUCGACCCCAAAGCUCAGGACAGGUAGAGAGAAUGAACAGAACUUUAAAAGAGACCUUAACCAAAUUAACCCUGGAGACUGGCGGUAACUGGGUGGCUCUCCUUCCCUAUGCCCUAUAUCGGGUGCGUAAUUCUCCCUAUAAGAUGGGACUCACCCCUUAUGAAAUCAUGUUUGGGACCCCACCUCCAAUACUCCCUGAUCUGGCUGAGCGGCUGUUAAAAGAAGAAACUAUAGAUGAUUUUGAACUUUUAUCUUCCCUCCAGGCCCUGCAGAGGGCCCACAGAGAAGUCUGGCCUAAGCUCAAAAGUCUGUACGAGUCAGGCCCGCCUCCUGUUCCUCACAACUUCCACCUGGGUGAUUGGGUCCUAGUGAAGCGACAUCGACAGAGCAACUUGGAACCGCGGUGGAAGGGUCCCUACAUGGUCAUUUUGACUACACCCACCGCCCUCAAAGUCGACGGUAUCGCCUCCUGGAUUCAUCACACCCACGUCAAAUUGGCUGAACCCCUUUCUGACAUCGCUGUAAAUAUGUUCUUGCUUUUGCUUUGUUCCUUUGUUCUGACCACAACCAUAGCUGUGGCUCCAGUUUUUGGAGCCACCAACUUUAGCCCAUAUCAGCCUUAUGAAAUCACCUGGGAGAUAUCAAACCCAACGGCAAAAGUUCCCAGCUUGACUGUGACUGAACACCACCCUUUAUGGACAUGGUGGCCUGAACUGCAAGUAGACCUUUGCACUUUAGCAAAUGGGGCUUUUUCAGUGGGAACAGGCACUGUCAGUGUUGACGAAGGAUUACAUCUAAGUAAGCGGGCCCUUACAGAUGCGGUUAGUGGGAAAACAAGAAACUUUAACUGUGCUCAUACCCGUGGGAGGGAAGAACUUCAACGCCUCCCCUUCUACGUAUGUCCUGGUUAUUCCCACCAGAAAGAAUGUGGAGGGGAGGAAUCUUAUUUCUGUGCUAAGUGGGGAUGUGAAACUACAGGGCAGGCUUAUUGGAUAAAAGCCUCUCGGGACCUGAUUGAAGUCAAGCGAGGGAAAAAAACAGUUUCAUGUAAUAAUAGGUGUAACCACCUCUCCAUCACCUUUACUGAUAAGGGAAGACAGGAUAAACAGUGGAUGAGAACCCGAUCCUGGGGGUUGCGCCUAUAUGCUGAGGGACCUGAUAUGGGGAUAGUGUUCACUAUUCGGAUGGGUAUAAAGUUUUUCACCCAGCCCUUAGGGCCUAACCUUAUAUUACACCCUCCGGCCCAAAGAGUUCCAGUCACUCCCCCCACUCGAGGUCCGAAAAUUAUUAAAUUAGUUACUAGCCUCCCAAAUACCCCACAACCGACCACCCGCUCCUUAAGUACCCCCUACUUAAGAACUAACCAACCCCAUACACAGUCAAUUGUGGAUUCAAUUCUAAUGGAAGCUCAUCCCCUUCUGAGCCUUUUGUCUCGGUCCUUCCUAGUGCUCAAUGCCACCUAUCCCAAUUGGACCAGGUCCUGCUGGCUCUGCUAUGACACUGUUCCCCCUUAUUAUGAGGGAGUAGCAGUGCAAGCGCAUGUUACUACCUCCACCAAGCUCCAGGAUUGCCGCUGGCAAUCUACACAGUCCCUAACCCUAGAACAAGUGUCAGGGCAAGGGCUCUGUUUAGGAGCAGUGCCCUAUGCCAGCCGAUCCCUCUGUCGUUUGACAUGGAAAAUCCAACCGGAGGAAGAAAAUUCUUUUAUAAUCCCCCACAACGAUACUUGGUGGGCUUGCUCCUCUGGACUCACCCCCUGCGUCCAUUGGAGUGUGUUAAAACAGUCAAAGGAUUACUGUGUUCUAGUCAGAUUGGUUCCGCGGCUAAUUUACCAUGAGUACAAAAGUUUUAUGACCUUGAUUGAACAAGGAUGGGGCCUAAAGCAGAACCUUGUUCGGAAAAAAAGAGAACCUAUUACCACAUUAACUCUUAGUCUGCUGCUCGGAGCUAGCUUGGGAGGGUUAGGAACUGGAGUAGCUUCCUUAGUUACUCAGAACAGAUAUUACUCUAAUCUAAGAGCAGCAAUAGAUGCAGAUAUGGAGCGGUUGGAGGAUUCAAUCUCACAUUUGGAACAAUCUUUAACCUCCCUAGCUGAAGUGGUCUUACAAAACAGAAGAGGAAAAGACAAAUUUGGAAUGACUUCAUGGAGCUUGAAAGCCAGGGUAUAUGAUUGUUUGACCAGCAUCAUCAACUGGGAUGACCCCAUUCAGUAUCCAGGAAUUAGUAGCCCUGCUGUAGAUAUUUGA